AUGCCCAACAUAAACAAGCCAGUUCCUGGUGCGGAUCAGUACUAUCCGCUCAAUGAGCCCUCGAUUGGGUCGCCAUAUCCAGAGAGCAUCUAUCCUCAGAACGCCACCAUUCCUGCUCUGUUCCAACCGUUGAGCAUCAAAGGGAUCACCUUCAAGAACAGGAUCUUCGUUGCACCCAUGUGCCAAUAUAGCGCAGACAAUGGCCAUGUAACUGACUGGCACCUGGUUCACAUCGGGGGUUUUGCCACUCGUGGAGCAGGAGCAAUAUGUAUGGAGGCCACGGCUGUCGUCCCUGAAGGACGGAUUUCACCUCAGGAUGCUGGACUCUGGACUGAUAGUCAGAUUGCGCCAUUUCAGCGCGUCGUAAACUUCGCACAUGCCCAAGGUACACUGAUUGGUGUUCAGCUCGCUCACGCCGGUCGCAAAGCAUCCACACUCGCACCUUGGGUCGAGUCAGAUGUGGCUCAGACACGACGAACUGCUACACGCGUGGCACAGAAGACCGAGGGUGGAUGGCCGGAUGAAGUAUAUGGACCAAGUGACCUGCCGUUCUCAGAUAAGUACCCGAAACCGAAGCCGAUGGACGAAGCCCACCUACUCUAUGUUGAAGACGCCUUUGUGAAAGCUAUAGAGCGCUGCAAGGCAAUCGGCUUUGACUUUAUUGAGAUUCACGCAGCACAUGGCUACCUUCUUCACGAAUUUGUCUCUCCUCUCUCGAACACGCGAACCGACAGCUAUGGCGGCUCCCUGGAGAAUCGUCUCUGCUGGCCUCUUCGCCUUAUUUCCAAAUGCCGUGCUGCAUGGUCGAAACCUUUGUUUGUCCGUAUCAGUGCCACUGACUGGGCUGAAGGUCCGGAGCUUGGUUCCGAUGGGGAGUGGAAGCAAUGGGGAAUCGAGCAGAGUAAAGUAUACGUGGGAGAGAUGCAGAAAAUUGGCGUAGAUCUCGUUGAUUGCAGCGGUGGUGGGAACUGGGUUCAUCAGAACAUCAAGCUUGGUCCGGGGUACCAGGUACCCUUCGCAGAAGCUCUCAAGAAAGCAUUCCCGAACUUGCCUGUCGCAGCUGUAGGACUCAUCACGGACCCCCAACAGGCCGAAUCUUACCUUCGUGAUGGGAAAGCGGACGCUGUCUUCCUUGCUCGCGAGCUUCUCAGAACGCCGCAAUGGCCAAUCAUCGCAGCGCACGAGCUAGGGAUCGCCGUGAAGCCGGCAAACCAGCAUGAACGAGCGUGGGUAGACAUGCUGACACCGGCCAAAGCGAGUUUCUAG